UGGCGGAUGGCGAAGAGCCGGAGAAGAAAAGAAGGAGAGUAGAGGAGCUGCUGGCGGAGAAAUGACACUCAGCCGGGAGAUGCCCGUUCACCCAGCAUGUGUGGCGGCGUCUCCUCUGUGCCAGGCACUGUGCCUAAGGGAUAAGGAGAUGCAAAAAAUGAGCCCUUCCCCUCCAGAAGCUUAAGCUUUCUUUGAGGGAAGGAGCAAAUGAAAGAUAAGUAGAUACAAAGUCUCUACAAGAAUGGCUGUUGAUGGUGGGUGUGGGGACACUGGAGACUGGGACGGUCGCUGGAACCAUGUAAAGAAGUUCCUCGAGCGAUCUGGACCAUUCACACACCCUGAUUUCGAACCAAGCACUGAAUCUCUUCAGUUUUUAUUAGAUACUUGUAAAGUGCUAGUCAUUGGAGCAGGAGGAUUAGGAUGUGAACUCCUGAAAAAUCUGGCAUUGUCUGGUUUUAGACAAAUUCAUGUAAUAGACAUGGACACCAUAGAUGUUUCCAAUCUAAAUAGGCAGUUUUUAUUUAGGCCAAAAGAUGUCGGAAGAUCCAAAGCUGAAGUUGCUGCAGAAUUCCUAAAUGAAAGGAUCCCUAAUUGUGCUGUAGUUCCACAUUUCAACAAGAUUCAGAAUUUUGAUGACACUUUCUAUAGACAAUUUCAUAUCAUUGUUUGUGGUCUGGACUCCAUUAUUGCUAGAAGAUGGAUAAAUGGCAUGCUGAUAUCACUUCUAAAUUAUGAAGAUGGUGUAUUAGAUGCAAGUUCCAUUAUUCCUUUGAUAGAUGGAGGAACAGAAGGUUUUAAAGGAAAUGCUAGGGUCAUUCUGCCUGGAAUGACAGCUUGUAUUGAAUGUACGCUGGAACUUUAUCCACCACAGGUUAAUUUCCCCAUGUGCACUAUUGCAUCUAUGCCCAGGCUACCAGAGCAUUGUAUUGAGUAUGCAAGAAUAUUACAGUGGCCCAAGGAACAGCCUUUCGGAGAGGGAGUUCCAUUGGAUGGAGAUGAUCCUGAUCACAUUCAGUGGAUUUUCCAAAAAUCACUAGAGAGAGCAUCGCAAUUUAAUAUUAGGGGUGUUACAUAUAGGCUAACCCAAGGGGUUGUAAAAAGAAUCAUUCCAGCUGUAGCUUCCACAAAUGCUGUUAUUGCAGCUGUGUGUGCCACUGAGGUUUUUAAAAUAGCUACAAGUGCAUAUAUACCCCUUAAUAAUUACUUGGUAUUUAAUGACGUAGAUGGGCUGUACACAUAUACAUUCGAAGCAGAAAGAAAGGAGAAUUGCCCAGCUUGUAGCCAGCUUCCUCAAAAUAUCCAGUUUCCUCCAUCUGCUAAACUGCAAGAGGUUUUGGAUUAUCUAAUUAAUAAUGCCUCACUACAGAUGAAAUCUCCAGCCAUCACAGCCACAUUAGAGGGAAAGAACAGAACACUUUACUUACAGACAAUAACUUCCAUUGAAGAACGAACAAGGCCGAAUCUUUCUAAGACAUUAAAAGAGCUGGGCCUUGUGGAUGGACAAGAACUUGCUGUUGCUGAUGUCACCACCCCACAGACUGUACUGUUCAAACUUCAUUUUACUACUUAAAAACAAUAAAUGUACAGCUAACAGGAUUAAAAUCUA